AUGCCUAAGAAUUGUACACUCCCUAUGACUCUAACACCAUAUAAGGGGAUCGGAUAUCCUAGAGUUCAUGUCACAAAAUUCGAGUCUAUGAUGUUCCUCAAUAGUGACUCCGAUCCCAUCCUGUGCCGAUCUUUUCCAACCUUUUUAGAUAGAGUCGCUUUAUUAUGGUUUUCUAAUUUGCCUGCAGGAUCCAUAACCAGCUUUGACGAGUUUGCCAAGAUGUUCAUCAAUCACUUCGCAGCAUCCAAAAUCUAUGUGAGAGACUCGGACUACCUUAGCACAAUUAAACAAGGGCAGCAUGAAAGUCUAAAGGACUACAUGACAUGCUUUACAACAGUAGCUAUGGAGAUCUUCAACCUUAAUCCAGAAGUGCAGCUGCAUGCCAUUAAGAGUGGUCUUCGAGCUGGAAAAUUCCAGGAAGCUAUAGCUGUGGCAAAACCGAAAACAUUAGAGGAGUUCCGGGAUAAAGCCACUAGACAAAUCGAAAUAGAGGAAUUACGUGAAACUCGAAGGAGCAAAAGACUACUAUCACGGAAGGAAAAAGACAAGCUGUACAGGUCCCAUAACAAAGACUCCAAAAAACCUUUUAAACUAACUCCAAAAUUUGAUACAUAUACUAGGUUUAACACCAGAAGAGAGGACAUCAUUAAAAAGAUACUGCGCAACAAAUUCAUAAAGACACCAAGCAAAGCAGGAACAUACAAAAGCAAACAUUGCACAUUCCACCAAAAAUUCAGGCACACCACUGAUGAAUGCGUAGUAGCUAAGGACCUACUGGAGCAGUUAGCAAGAUAG